AUGCUUGUGACGCACGCCCUACGAUGGGUCUCGCCGGCCGAGCGGGACUCUGGAGCGUUCGCCUUCGACACGUGCGACAGUGGCAAGUACGGUUGCUACAUCUCGACCGGGACGCUGUGGGGCCAGGCGAUGCUCUUCUUCUUCACACCGUGGUUUGUGUUUUACUACCUGUGGGUGUUCAAGAGCGGCGAUAAGACGAGCGACCGCUCCUUUCAAGUACUGUACGACCGGGUCACCACGCAGGGCAUGGCCGCCAAAGGACUGCAGAAGGUGCUGAGCAAGCUCAAGAUUGACACCACGCACGACAAGUUCAAGAAGGCGCUGUACGCGGGGCUGCACUAUGGCACCGGGAUGAUUACCUGCGCCCUCGCAACGCUCUUCUGGCACUCGUACACGGCCCACUCGGCCUUCUUGAUUGCCAUCGCUGGCGCCUCCAUCUGGAACGCAUCCGGAUUCUACUUCAACGUCUUCUCCUCACGCCAGGCUCCGCCCGGCUCUGCUGGGGGCUAG